UUGAAAUCACUAUGUGCCUCAAAUUUUACAAGUGGUCUUUUUUUUCUUUUAUGAGCUCAUACUCUUCCUCCUCCCACUUGUUCUUCUUUGCUCUCUCUUACUGCAAAUUUGACCCUUUUUUCAAGUCACUCAAUUUAUCCCAUUUUACAGUUCCUUCUCUUCUUUAAUUUUUAUGUGCUUCAAUACCCUUUUUCAAAAGAAGAACAAAAAUCUCAUCUUUUUCACUUCUGGGUAUUGAUUCUUUAUUGUAAUUACCAUUCUUUGAUAUAAAUUUUUGUUUGUGUUUAUAAGUCUGUGCAGUGCAUGCAUAUGCUUGUUUGUGGGUAUUGAAAAGUUUGUUUCUUUGUGGUUUUAUAUGUUAUCUUCGCUAGCAAGAUUUUAGUUUUCUUUCAAUUCAAGCAUCUGGGUAUACUUUACUUGAUUUUACAUGUGGAAAAAGCUGUUGUUUUUGGUUUUGAUGGAUCAGUGAAUGUUGAAUUGGGAUCAGUUGAGUAGCUUUAAGGUGUUCAUUUGGUUAUUAGUAUUAAGAUUUGAUGCUUGGUCCAAGACAAUGGAGAGGUUUAUGGCCAGAUUUUUAUUUCUUUAGCAUUAAAUAGUUUAGUAAAAUAAGAUGAAGAAUCUUCUUAAGAAGCUUCAUAUGAUGUCUAGUCAAACUCAAGAUGUAGAAGGGUCUAAUUCUAAGUCUAGCUAUGUGUCUUCUUCCCCUGACAGGCUUUUGCCUUCUAAGUCCAAUGAUCAUAGUAAUAAACCCUUUUCUGGGAUUUCCAAUUGGUUGAAUUCUGUUGGUAAUAGAAAAAGUCCUAGUCCACCAUCAUCUUUGAAGGUUAGUAGAGGUGAUAGGGCCGAACCGUCCGAUUCCACGAGUAGUAGUGGUGGUUUGGAUGUUGUUUCGGAUGCAGUGAGGCGCGAUUCGGGGUCUACCACGUCGAGGGACCCUGAUGUUGAGGAGGAAUAUCAGAUACAGCUUGCUUUAGAGUUGAGUGCAAGAGAGGAUCCUGAGGCAGUUCAAAUUGAAGCUGUUAAGCAAAUCAGUCUUGGCUCUUGUGCUUCUGAGAAUACUCCAGCUGAAGUUGUUGCUUAUCGAUACUGGAAUUACAAUGCCCUUAGCUACGAUGACAAGGUCUUGGAUGGUUUUUAUGAUGUGUAUGGAAUUUUAUUUGAGUCGGCAUCGGAAAGAAUGCCUUCGCUGGUUGAUUUGCAAGGAACGACUGUCUCAGACAGUAUUAGCUGGGAAGCAGUUCUGGUUAAUAGGGCUGCUGAUGCUAAUUUAUUAAAACUUGAACAGAAGGCACUACAGAUGGCCGUCAAGUCAAGGUCGGAACCUCUGGUUUUUACAGAUAGAGAAUUUGUACAAAAGCUUGCUGUUUUAGUUUCUGAUUACAUGGGUGGUUCAGUUGUGGAUCCGGGGAACAUGUUAAGAGCAUGGAAAAGUCUUAGCUACAGUUUGAAAGCAACUCUAGGUAGCAUGGUUUUGCCACUUGGUUCCCUUACAAUAGGACUGGCUCGCCAUCGUGCAUUAAUGUUCAAGGUUUUGACUGAUAGUGUGGGCAUACCAUGCCGACUUGUAAAAGGUCAUCAAUACACCGGUUCUGAUGACGUGGCAAUGAAUUUUGUCAAGCUUGAUGAUGGAAGGGAAUACAUCAUUGACCUAAUGGCAGAUCCUGGGACACUUAUUCCUUCCGAUGUAGCUGGAUCACAUAUAGAGUAUGACGAGUCUUUCUUUACUGCCAGUCCUCUGUCUCGAGGCAUUGGCUCGUCUUAUUUAGCUUCUUCUGGUAGUGGAAUCGGGAGUUCAUUUGAAGACCACUCAGAUGUGGCUCGGGAGAAGAGAUCAAGAAUAAGAAACAAUGCUGCUGGAGGUAACCAAGCUGAUGACAGGUGUGAAUCUUUUCAAUGUACAAAUAUACCUGAGACAAGUAAAGGUGAAGUAGAGUCAAAGAUGUGUUUAGAUGGAUUUGUGAAAUCUUCCGAUAUGGAUGAGUUAGUGGUGCAAGAGGGUCCUGGAAGACCUAAUUAUCCUUUUGCACAUGCAAGAUCUCCUUCAUGGACUGAAGGUGUUAGUUCUCCUGCAGCUUAUAGAAUGAAAGUGAAAGAUGUUUCACAAUACAUGAUUGAUGCUGCCAAAGAGAAUCCACAGCUGGCCCAGAAAUUGCAUGAUGUGUUGCUAGAAAGUGGUGUGGUGGCUCCCCCUAGCUUGUUUACCGAGAUUUAUUCUGAGCAGUUGGAUGUUUCAACUAUUAAGGCAAAGUCUGGUAAAGAAGGUAAGGUUGGCCAGAGACAGAAGAGUGGAAACCAUCAUGAAAAGGAUCAGCAAGAUACUGGCCUUGCUCGAUUCUUGCCUCCUCUGCCUCAUCACGCAGCGCAUUCAAAAGCUGGUCCUGCAUUCAGCCAACCUCAGCAACUUAAACCUGUGGAAGGUUUAGGCGUUAGCCAGCCUUUUGAUGUUAGAGAGAUUGCUGGACCUGUCUCCUUGCAGUCUGAAGUAACUCCUGUGAAUUAUGUGAAAAAGGUUCCUGUUGCUGCUGCAGCUGCUGCUGCGGCAGCUGUUGUUGCAUCUUCUAUGGUUGUUGCUGCCGCGACAAAGGCAAGCACUGACUCAAACUUUGAACUGCCUGUAGCAGCUGCUGCCACUGCCACUGCUGCAGCUGUAGUUGCGACUACUGCAGCUGUCACUAAGCAGUAUGAGCAAUGUGGACGGAGCGAUGGAGAUGCAGACAGUGCUGGCUAUGAGCCAAGGGGUAGUGGAGGUAAGGAACGUGAUGCUUUAGGAGAAACCUCAGAAGGUGAGAGAAUAUCAGAUAGGUCAGCCAGUAACGAGAGCUCAAAGUCUGAUGUGCCACUAGAUGAUGUUGCUGAGUGUGAGAUUCCAUGGGAGGAAAUUACCUUGGGUGAACGAAUUGGACUUGGAUCAUAUGGAGAGGUAUAUCGUGGAGACUGGCAUGGAACGGAAGUUGCUGUGAAGAGGUUCCUAGACCAAGGUAUUUCAGUUGAAUCACUUGAAGAAUUCAGAAGCGAGGUCCGAAUCAUGAGAAGACUGAGACAUCCCAAUGUGGUUCUCUUCAUGGGAGCAGUAACCCGUGCUCCAAAUCUUUCCAUUAUUACAGAAUUUCUUCCUAGAGGUAGUUUGUAUAGAUUACUUCACAAGCCUAAUAAUCAAUUAGAUGAGCGUAGGCGUUUGAGGAUGGCCCUCGAUGCUGCUAGGGGAAUGAAUUAUUUGCACAGCUGCACGCCCAUGAUAGUACACCGCGAUCUAAAGUCUCCAAAUCUUCUAGUGGAUAAAAAUUGGGUGGUGAAGGUUUGUGAUUUUGGGCUGUCACGAAUAAAGCACAGCACGUUUCUAUCCUCGAGGUCAACUGCAGGAACGGCUGAAUGGAUGGCCCCAGAAGUGCUAAGAAAUGAACCUUCCAAUGAAAAGUGUGACGUUUACAGUUAUGGGGUUAUUCUAUGGGAGCUCUGUACAAUGCAGACACCUUGGGGUGGAAUGAAUCCGAUGCAAGUUGUUGGUGCUGUCGGAUUUCAACAACGACGUCUUGACAUUCCAGAUUAUUUGGAUCCUAUAAUUGCAGAUAUUAUAACGAGAUGCUGGCAGACAGAUCCGAAACUGAGGCCAACAUUUGCGGAAAUUAUGGCUACUUUGAAGCCAUUACAAAAGCCUAUAACCGGUCCUCAAGUGCCCAGACCAAUUGUACCUGCAAGAGUUGCGCAUAACAAAAGCCAAACGUUGCUAGAAGCAGAAGAACUGGCAGGCUAGCAAAGCAAGUUAGUGAUGGUAUGGAACCUCAGCAUAUUGGCUUUCCAGCAAUUUACAAAGCUUUCCGGGACGAAAAAUGCACAUAGGAUUGUGAAAUGUAGUGAAAGGUUUAUGGACAUUCGAAGACGAAUAUGAGUGAGAAUGAUCGAAGAUCAUGACACAUCAUACACUCCAAUUUGAGACGAUGCUGAUUUUUUUAGCUUCCUUGUUUGUAUUCUUGUGCAGUCAUCCUCAAUGUGUAUUUGUUUGUAAAAAAAGAAAAAGAAAAAUCCAUUCGAAAUUGUUGUAAUCAAUGUUUUUUUUCA